UGCGGACUACUGGCACUAUCCCGUGUGCUCUCAUCAUAAUCACCACCACCCAUUGCUGCCGCUGCAGCUUCGGAGAGAACAACUCAGCUGGCUGAUCCACUCGCUUCUCUCCUCUCUCCCCACACCUCCGUAAAUUCAAUGCCUAUAACUUGCUACGCCCCCGGCCGGCGGUGACCAUGAAAUUACGAGCUACCAGUUGCGAUGUUCCGAAUCCUCGAGUCGCAGGCGCCGGCCAAACAAACGGCCACCGACACAAUUAAUACUCUGACUGGUCGGCUUCAGAGUGCAACUUUACUAGAAGAUCGACGGGCAGCUAUACAAGGAUUGAGAAGCUUUGCAAAGUCCUUUCCUGCCUCCGUUGCUUCGGGCGCACUACGCCCGUUGAUCAACAGCCUCAAAGAUGAUCGUGAAGAUGUGGAUACGUUGAAGGUGGUCUUGGAGACCUUGUUGAUGUUGUUUACCCCGGACGAGAAUAGUCCCGAAGCUUCAGACGAAAUCGCUCUUUGGCUGUCCGAUGAAUUUACGCAGCGUCAAGACAAUAUUACUGCGCUCCUUGACCUCCUGGAUACUCGUGACUUUUACUCUCGCUUGUAUGCCCUGCAGUUGAUGUUCCAGAUCUCGAGCGCACGGCCAGAAAGAACACAAGAAUGUAUCCUGACGGCGCCGUUGGGUAUACCGAGGCUGGUCAGUGCUCUGGGAGAUGCUAGAGAGCCGGUGCGCAAUGAAGCUUUAAUUCUCCUGAUCGCUCUUACUCCGGCCUCCGAAGAGUUCCAAAAGCUCGUCGCAUUCGAAAACGCGUUUGACCUUAUCUUCUCCUUGAUAGAAGCUGAAGGUGCUUUGACUCACGGAUCGGAAGUGGUUGAAGACUGCCUUUCCUUACUCGCGAACCUUCUGAGGCUCAACAUCUCCAACCAGUCAUAUUUUCGGGAGACGGGCUGUGUCAAGAGGCUAGCAAAGCUCCUCGCGGAUGUCAACCAGGACCAGGACUCGGAAGAGCCCACCCCACAAUGGGCUCUCGCACAUCGAGAUAAGAACCUUUGGGGACUUUUGGUUAUCGUCCAGCUGUUUUUAAUCAAAGGAGGGGUCAACACUCCUGCCAACCAGACAGCGUUCUGGAACAAUGGUGUCAUGGAACAAGUCCUAAACACCGCUUUCGGUCAAAGAUUCAAUGUCAAUGUGACAUCUAAGGUAGGAGACACUAAUCGCCUAUAAAGUUGAUGCUAAUUGUGCUAGGCUCUUGCGACAUGCGCCGACUUAAUACGUAGCAAUAAGCCCUUGCAGGAGCGUUUUGGAGACGUUGAGGUCAUUUGGGGCUCGAGUCCUACUCCGAAUGCUGUCAAUGGGGAUUCGACACAUCAAGAACUCCAGCGGAUCAAUGUUAUCGAAGCGUUG